ACACACGAACGCACGGACCUUGAAACUUGGCCUGAGUCAAAACACGAACAAACACGAGCGCCGAUCCCAUCCUAGAGCCAGCAGACUGUCACUGUUUUCUCGCCACCUCGGCAGGGCACGGCGGUCUGGGACGUCAAUUCUAGCCGAAUUGUUCAGAUUAAGAUGAGAAGCUAGAUGGUGUUGUGCCUGGCCAAGACAGCAGCACAAUAUCCCAUGGCAGGGAGUGAGGUAAAGGAGGUGAUCCCUACCCUGGAGGACAUCACCUGCCCCAUCUGUCUUUCAUUGUUGCUGGAGCCUGUCACCCUCCCCUGCCACCACUCUCUCUGCCUCUCCUGCUUUCAAGAGCAUGUGUCUGUUACCUCCCUCUUCUGUCCACUAUGUCGCACUAGAAUAAGUGUUUGGGUGAGGAAAAACACCAAGACUAACACACUGGUGGAUGCCAAGCUGUGGACUGCCAUUCAGAAACAUUUCCCUGCCCAGCUUGAGGCACGACAAGCCGGCAAGGAUAUUUCAGGUGCUACCCAGGAGGUGCAACAGAAAGUGUGUGAGCCUGGAGAGAUCCGGCAGGAGUACGAGAGCUUCCUGGCACAGGAGACUCAGGAGGCCAUUCAGAGAAAGAACAAGGAGGAGAUUGCAUCCAUAAAAUUAAUUCAGCAGCUUCAGGAGGAGGAAAGGAUACGACAGCAGGAACUUCAGCAGCAGCAGCAGCAUGUGGCUCAAGAGGAUUUCCUGCUGGCACUCAAGCUGGAGGAGGCAGACAAGGCCCUGGCUCACUCACGGCAGAAGGAACUGCAGGAUCUCUGUGCACAGGAUGAAGAUUUUGCACGCCAUCUGGAAGUGGUUGAGAGCCGGUCACCAAAGUUGCCAUCUCAGAGCAAGGCUGACAGUGGCUCCAGAGGGGUGUCAGCCUCACCUAAGGGACCCAUGGACCUCUUCCUAGGCCAGAAGGGAGUGAUUAGGGGCCACCAGUCUCCAGCCUCUGUCCUCAGCUCCUCUGACACCAACACAAUGGCCACGCAGGAACCCUCAACACCUGAUUCAAGGGAGCCAGCCAUCAAGCGCCUCCCCAGCUGCAGCUCAGAGUCAGAGAGUGAAGAGUCACCAUCCUGCCGCCACCUAUCAUCUGCACCAGGCAAAGAGAACCUCAAGCGAGGGUGGCGCGGCAGUCCAGUCCGACAGGCGGAGGGAUCCAAAGGCAGACGGCCAGGUCACAGCUCUGUUCAAAGGGAACUCCAGUUGAGUCCUGACAUAGACAGUUACUGUGUUAGCAGCAGCAUGGCCAAGCAGCAAGACUGUGGCACUUCUGGGUCUCCAAAGGAAGAAAAAAGUACAGAGGUGGAGGAGGAGGAAAUUGUGGCAAGGGAGGAAGAGGCAAGGAAUAGUGAUAGUGAUGACAGUACUGAAGACCCAGCACCAGAUGUCUCCUUCCUGCUGAAGUGGGAAAAUGACAAGGAAUCACUGGCUGCUCUGUUGUCUGAGCAGCAGCGUGCAGAGGCCCAGUUGCAGCAGGAAUUACAUGACCGUCUCCUGGCCGAAGCCUUACAAGAGGAACUCAACAGUCAAGCUAAGAGGGUGUUACGGAUGAAAGGUUCAGGAGACGAGUAUGCCCUGAGACACAGGACCAAGGCUGCUGAUCUCUCCCAGCAUCAGCCAGGGCCCAGUAGAAGAGACAGUGCUAAGAGACAGGCCACACUGUCUGAAGUCUUUUCUAAGCGUCACAAGAGUGUGUGAUCCUUGUGUUUUGUGCUUAACUUUUGUUGUGUUGAAUUGCCAUUACCUCACACAAAGCAUUUUGCAGCACAGGGACUUCUGGUAAGUUCAGUGUCGGAAAAGGGCUUCUGCAUUCAGAGAUAUUAAAUGUGACAGUGCUGAGCAAAUGUUACAAGUUGAAUGUAUUAUGUACAUAGCAUAUUUAUUACAAAUCACAUUCUGCAGACUAUUUUGAAUGACCACCAACAAUAGGAGCUCAAAUUAUAUCUCUGAAUACAUGUACCAUGCAGGCAGUAUUCCCAGCUCUCUUCUGUGCUCUUAAGUCCUUCACUGCUAAGGGCAUGGAAUUACUCUGCCACUGUAUGACUCCUCAGCUAUUUAAAAUGGAAAGGUGCAAUGACCUGCACUUACACCCCACUGAGAAGUGUCAGCCAGGCCAUGACUUGACUUGUGCUAGGUUAUUUGAUAGAGUUGAUAAAGAGAUGGACCUUCAGUAAUGCCUUCUCUACUAACAGAUGUAUAAAAACUCAUUUUAAAAGGCUUACAAUAUUAAUUGUCAGAGAAAUAUAUUGAAAAUAAAUUUUAAAAAAAUAAGAUGGUGGUCUUCAAGAAAGAAAUAUGUAUUUUGAAAGGAAUUUAGAACCCCAUAUAGAACAGCAGCUGGUGACAAGAUGUGAAAGUCAAACUGAAUGAGAAAAAUAAUGAAAAGAUAGAUGAGUUUAGACUUGGUUGAGUCCUUUGCAAACAUAGAUGAUGAAAGGCAAGAUAUGAAUUAGAGCAUUACCGGUAACAAAAAUGGUAGAAUUUUUUGUGGUAUAUGAUGAAAUGCAAGACAGAGGGUUCAGGGAUCAAGGAGGUAAUGGAUGAUAACAUAAGUGCCAACACUGACGAUGAUAUGGAUGAGUCUUUUAAGAGAUGCUUAUGGUAUGAAGAGGAUGAAUGGUGAAAAUAAGUAGAGUGUAUGUGGAAGGGUACAUCAGUUAAUGGUGAGUGAACUAUUGUGCAGUGAUGGAGGUGGUCAAAUGCAGCACCUUCAGAUAGUAUGGUUAUAUGGAGAGAAUGGAGACACCAUGAGAUGUGCAAGGGAGUAGUUGCUUCAGGUGUGAGAGGAAAACUUGCAUUAAAAAACAGAUAAGUGUUGGUACACCUGAGAGAGAGGAAGGAAGGGAGGAAAGUUGAGGAAGAGGGAAUAGGCAAGAAUGGAGUGCAGGAGCAAGUGGACAUUGCCAUGAUCACUCCUUUGAAUGAGUUUCAAGGAAUAGGCUUCAGUAUAGUGCAGUACUCAGACUACAAAGGCUCCAGAACUGAUGAUCAUUAUGGUCAUGAUGGCCAAGGUACUGUGCUUGGUUCUUGCAGUCACAGGUUCAAAGUGUGCGUGUGUGUGUGUGUGUGUGUGCACGCAUCAUAUCUUGGCUACCCACCCUCAUGGUAUCAUCAGCUUGGUGUAUAGAUGGUUAUGCUAAUGUAUAUAUACAUAUACAGUAUUAAUGUACAAAUUAAAAUAAGAAUAUGUUUUGAUAUAGUUAUAGUAGUAAAUAGUGAAGACUUUAUGUAAAAGUGAAUCUAAGCUUUAUUUCAAAUUAAUGCAAUAAUCCCCCUUAUCUAAAAGGAACAUUUUACAUUACAAUUCUUGUGGUGUGAACAAUUAUUCCCAGCAGUGCAUUACGCAUCUCUAAAGUUGACAAUGCUUGACUCAGUGAGACUUUUCCAUUCCAUUAUAUUUGCAGAUACAUGAAUGAUUGCUUUAGUUCAUUGGAGAAAACACACAAUGCUGUAGACUUGGAGACUUGAUGGGGUGAUUUGUUUACUGCAUUCAUCUACACUAGUCUGCUGUGGGAUAUGAUUCAUCCCAACCACAGUGUGCAGUGGUGUAAGAAUGCCUCAGUUCGGGAUUUUGUAGUACCUUAUCUGCCUACAAUGUUUGUUAAAUUUUCUUUCCAUGUGUUUUUACAUUAAAUUUUGUAAUGCUUUGGCAUGCAAAACCUA